CUUUUCGCUUUACGUGUGUUGCAGUUACGUGGCCCUGGGAGUUGUUCGUAUGUACAAACAACCCUCCACACCAGGAUUCAGCUCACCCCUGGCCACAGAAUCCCCUAGUGCUCAAGGGAGAGGACACUGAAGAUAGUCUGUACAAGAUGCCAAAUGAAGAAAUCUCUCACUCAAGUCAAACUCAGGAGCAAGACUGUUUACAGAGACAACAUAUUAGUACUAAUGAAGAAUCAUCAACUGAGCAAAAAAAUGGUGGGGAUGCAGAGAAGAAGGAGCACCUCCCUUCUCCUUCCUCCGACUUUGGGCCCUCUACUUCUACUGAGGGCUGUACAUCGACAGCUGCAAGGAGAGGUCCAGUCCUGCUGCACAUUGACAGGCAUCAGAUCCCGGCUGUGGAGCCCAGUGCACAGGCCCUGGAAUUGCAAGGCCUGGGCGUGGAUGUUUAUGACCAGGCUGUGUUGGAGCAGGGUGUGCUUCAGCAGGUGGAUAGUGCAAUCCUUGAGGCUAACCGCGUAGCACAGCUCGUUGACGCUGAGAAGGAGUAUCGUUCAGUCCUGGAUGACCUCAUGUCAUGUACAACAUCUCUAAGGCAAAUCAAUAAAAUUAUUGAACAGCUUAGCCCUCAAGCUGCCACCAACAGAGACAUCAACAGGAAACUAGAUUCUGUAAAACGACAGAAGUAUAAUAAGGAACAACAGCUAAAGAAGAUCACUGCAAAACAGAAACGUCUGCAGGCCAUCCUUGGAGGAAUAGAGGUAAGAGUGGAACUGGAUCAUGCCAGCCUGGAGGAAGAGGAUGAAGAGCCGGGGCCGUCCUGUCUUGGCAGUAUGCUCAUGCCUGCCCAGGAGACUGCCUGGGAAGAGCUCAUUCGCACUGGUCAGAUGACACCAUUUGGUACCCAGGUCCCUCAGAAACAAGAGAAAAAGCCUAGAAAAAUAAUGCUCAAUGAGGCAUCAGGCUUCGAAAAGUAUUUGGCAGAUCAAGCAAAACUGUCUUUUGAAAGGAAGAAGCAAGCUGCUAAUAAAAGAGCAGCCAGAAAAGCCUCAGCCUUGGUCAUGUCUAAGGCUGGCCCAGGACCACAUGAAAACAAAACAAAUCAGAGAAGCAAAGUUCUCUCAAAAACAGACAAGUGCUUGAAAAAGCACAUCAGGAAGCUCCAGAAGAGGGCACUGCAGUUCCAGGGGAAGGUGGGGUUGCCAAGAGGGAAGAGGCCCCUUGAGUCAGAGGCCAGGCCAAAGUCAGAGGGAGAUUCUGAGAGUGGGGAGUCUUGGUCCUGUCUCACAGAGCAGGAAGAGGAGGCAGAGGCUGGCCUGUGUGGAGAUGCCACUGACUAUGAACUGAGGUCUGUGCUCAAGGGCAGGAAACGCCAGAAGAAAGCCUCAGUGCAGGAGGUUGAUGACGAUUUUUUCCCAAGUUCUGGGGAAGAAGCUGAAGCCAAUGGAGGAGGAAAAGGAAGUCGAAAAGUAGUGAGAUGCCAAGAUGAUGGAGAUGAAGAUUAUUAUAAACAGCGAUUAAGGAGGUGGAAUAAACUAAGACUGCAAGACAAAGAGAAACGUCUGAAACUUGAAGACGAUUCUGAGGAAAGUGAUGCCGAAUUUGAUGAAGGUUUCAAAGUGCCAGGCUUUCUGUUCAAAAAGCUCUUUAAGUACCAGCAGACAGGUGUUAGGUGGCUGUGGGAAUUGCACUGCCAGCAGGCAGGAGGAAUUCUGGGAGAUGAAAUGGGAUUGGGCAAGACCAUCCAGAUAAUUGCCUUCUUGGCAGGUCUGAGCUACAGCAAGAUCAGGACUCGUGGUUCAAAUUACAGGUUCGAAGGGUUGGGUCCCACUAUACUUGUCUGUCCAACCACAGUGAUGCAUCAGUGGGUCAAAGAAUUCCACACAUGGUGGCCUCCAUUCAGAGUGGCAGUUCUACAUGAAACUGGCUCCUACUCCCACAAAAAGGAGAAACUAAUUCGAGAUAUUGCUCAUUGUCAUGGAAUUUUGAUAACUUCUUACUCCUACAUUCGUCUGAUGCAAGAUGAUAUUAGCAAGCAUGACUGGCACUAUGUGAUCUUGGAUGAAGGACACAAAAUUCGAAAUCCAAAUGCUGCUGUCACACUUGCUUGCAAGCAGUUUCGCACACCUCAUCGGAUCAUCUUGUCUGGCUCACCGAUGCAGAAUAACCUCCGGGAGCUCUGGUCCCUCUUUGAUUUUGUCUUCCCGGGGAAGUUAGGCACAUUGCCUGUGUUUAUGGAGCAGUUCUCUGUCCCCAUCACCAUGGGGGGAUAUUCCAAUGCUUCUCCAGUACAGGUUAAAACUGCUUAUAAGUGUGCAUGUGUCUUACGAGACACCAUAAACCCAUACCUUCUGCGGAGAAUGAAGUCAGAUGUCAAGAUGAGCCUUUCUUUGCCAGAUAAAAAUGAACAGGUCUUAUUUUGCCGUCUUACAGAUGAGCAGCAGAAAGUCUACCAGAAUUUCAUUGAUUCCAAAGAAGUUUACAGGAUUCUCAAUGGAGAGAUGCAGAUUUUCUCUGGACUUAUAGCUUUAAGAAAAAUCUGCAACCACCCUGAUCUCUUUUCUGGAGGUCCCAAGAAUCUCAGAGGUCUUCCAGAUGAUGAACUAGAAGAAAAUCAGUUUGGAUACUGGAAACGUUCUGGGAAAAUGAUUGUUGUUGAAUCUUUGUUGAAAAUAUGGCAAAAGCAGGGUCAGCGAGUGUUGCUGUUUUCUCAGUCAAGACAGAUGCUACACAUACUAGAAGUGUUCCUGAGAAGCCAGAAGUAUUCCUAUCUCAAGAUGGAUGGAAGCACUACCAUAGCAUCAAGACAACCAUUGAUUACAAAAUACAAUGAGGACACGUCCAUCUUCGUGUUUCUUUUGACCACGAGGGUUGGUGGCAUAGGAGUCAAUCUGACUGGGGCCAACAGAGUCAUCAUCUACGAUCCUGACUGGAACCCAAGCACUGAUACACAGGCCCGAGAGCGAGCAUGGAGGAUAGGCCAGAAGAAGCAGGUGACUGUGUAUAGGCUUCUGAUGGCAGGCACAAUUGAAGAGAAGAUUUACCAUCGACAAAUCUUCAAGCAGUUUUUGACAAACAGAGUACUAAAAGAUCCAAAACAAAGGCGGUUCUUCAAAUCGAAUGAUCUUUAUGAGCUGUUUACUCUGACUAGUCCUGAUGCAUCACAGAGCACUGAAACUAGUGCUAUUUUUGCAGGAACUGGUUCAGAUGUUCAGACACCCAAAAGCCAUUUAAAAAAAAAGAUUCCAUCAGCCUUUGGAACAGAUAGUGGAAUUCCAAAAUGCAGAAAAUUUCCUGAUUCUGAUACAUCUAUAAACGAUGCCUUAUUGACUGAAGAGAAAUCUAAGGCAACAGAAACUGAAGGAAAUACAGAAACUUCUACUGAAAGCAAUCCUUUAAAAAGUAACCCUCAUAGAAAUGGGAACGUAACUAGCAGUGAUGGGCUUGGAGAAGAGACAAAAGCAGUAUCUGGACGGGAGGAGCCAAUAGUGAUUAGUGGAAAUAGGGACUGUUCAGAUUCUGCAAGCAUUGGUGGAAAAUCCCAGCCAUCUGGUGAAGAAAGCACCGAUGAAAAGCAAAGUCCUUCUUAUAAAGGAGAAAGCUCCCAGGUUCAGUCAGAACGUCUUAGGAAGAAUGAACAAAUUGAAAGUCAUUUUUAUAAGCACAAGUCAAAAACAAAACAUCAUAAUGUGUCAGAAGAAGAGAUCUCAGAAAAACAUCUGCGGCAGCAGCCAAAGGCCAAAAACUCUAAGCAUUGUAAAGAUGCCAAGUUUGAAGGAAUUCGAGUCCCACACCUGGUGAAGAAAAGGCAGUACCACAAACGAGACACUGAGCCUGCGAGUGAGGCCCAGGAACGGAGCAGUGAUGAUUAUGUUUUGGAAAAGCUUUUCAAAAAAUCAGUGGGUGUGCACAGCGUGGUGAAGCACGAUGCAAUCAUAGAUGGAGCCAGCCCGGAUUAUGUCCUGGUAGAGGCAGAAGCCAACCGAGUAGCCCAAGACGCCUUGAAAGCCCUGAGGCUCUCUCGACAAAGGUGUCUUGGGGCAAUGUCUGGUAUCCCCACCUGGACUGGCCUCAGGGGGACUUCAGGUGCACCAGCAGGAAUAAAGAGUAGAUUUGGUCAGAAAAAGAACUCUAACCUCUCUGUGCAGCAUCCUUCAACAUCUCCAACAGAUAAAUGCCAGGAUGGUGUCAUGAAAAAGGAGGGAAAAGAUCAUGGCCCUGAUCACUUCAGUGGAAAAUUAGAAGAUUCAGAGUCUUCUUCUGGGGCUCUUGCUUCCUCCUCACUCUUGGCCAGAAUGAGAGCGAGAAAUCACCUAAUUCUCCCAGAGCGGUUAGAGAGUGAAAGUGGACACCUGCCAGAGGCUUCUGCCUCUCAGGCGCUCACCACAGAACAUGAUGACCUGCUGGUGGAAAUGAGGAACUUCAUAGCUUUUCAGGCCCACAUUGACGGCCAGGCCAGCACUCAGGAGAUUCUACAGGAAUUUGAGUCCAAGCUAUCAGCGUCACAGUCUUGUGUCUUUCGGGAACUAUUGAGAAAUCUGUGCACUUUUCAUAGAACUCCUCGAGGUGAAGGAAUUUGGAAACUCAAGCCAGAGUACUGCUAAACAACACUAAAUUUUCAGUCAUGUCUUCUACUGGAAGUGUAUGAUUACCAACUUGUGCUUAAUAAUCAUAUGUUUGUCAAGGAAAGUUGGCUGCCCCUAUGUUUACUUUAAAAUGGCAUCUACCUCAUAACUAAAACUUUAAAGAAAAAACUCUUCUCCAAAACUGAAAAGUUUUAAUAAUGCUAUUAGAAGAAAAAUACUUGGAUGGAUUGUUUUUUUCCAUUAUGAAUUGUGUUCUAAAAUCAGGGACUUAACAGUUGCUUCUUGGAGCACAUUUGUUCCUUUACCCAAAAGAUGGUGUCAGGGAGCAUAUAACUAUUCAUUUAGAAGUUUACAGAAUAGAGCUGCGUGCUGUGGUGCACUCCUAUAAUCCAGUGACUCAGGAGGCUGAGACAAGAGAAUCUCAGGUUGAAGGCUACCAUCAGCAACUUAGCGAGACCCUUUUUACUUUAAAGUAAAAAGUAAGAAGGGUUGGAGAUGUUUCUCACUAGUAAAGCUCCCUGGGUUGGAUUCCCAGUACUCAAAAAAAGAAGAAAAAGAAGAAGUUGUAGAAUAGAAGUCUCAAUUCUUUUUAUUGGUGCUAAAAACAUGUCUUACAUUUAGUCAGCCUAUUCAGUAAAUUAGUUUAUCAAUAUCUGAUAACAGUAUUUUGAUGCAUAAUUUUUAAAUGUUUAAAUUUAUCAUCUGCCAUACAUGAAAAGAUAAUAUUUCAAAUUUACAUCAUAUUAAUUGCCUUUAAACAAUCCUUCUUGAAAAAAUAUAAUUAAAUUUGCAGGGUUUUUCCCCCUUUUUUGGAAGCUGGGGAGAUUUAAUCCAGAGCCUCAUACAUGCUAAGCAUGCACUGUACCUCUGAGCGACAUCUCUAGUCGGAGAGCGUUUUUAUUAGUAAAGCAUGAAAGCCUGGUAAUAAAUAAUAAAGCAGAUAUUUGUCGAAAGUUUUAGUGUACUCAUUUUACUCUGGCUUUAAGCAAAACAUACAUUUUCCUCCCUAUUCUCACUAUUGGUUUUAGGAAAAUAAAAUGUGUUAUCAUAAAAAAAAAAAAAAAGGAAUAUCCAAGAAAAACCAAAAGUACAUGCAUGAAAGAACACAUGAGUGCUACACUGUACUACACUGUACAGGACCACGGCCAGGCAUCCCUUCCUCACCAUGAGGUGACCACCCUGCAGUGCUCUCUUUGUCCUCUUGCUGGCUGGUGUCUGAAGAUCUGUUGUUUCAUUUGUUGAGCUUGGUUUGCUGAGGGCACUGAUUGUUGUAGAUGUGACCACAGUUGUCUAAGUCAUCUUCUUUCUAGUGGCAUUCACCUCUUGUGCUGACAUUCACUGUGAUACUCUCCUGUUUUAAUGGUUUGGUUUUCAGCUAAUUGUGUACUUAGAGACUGUUAGAGUCUGUUAUAUUUAUGGCUCUGUGAUCGUGUAACCUUAAUCCUCAGUUUAUUUUCUUAGCUUUGCUUUUCUUGUUUACUUCUCAUAGUUUUUUUUUUUUUAUCAUUUCAAGUCUUGUUUUCUCAAGUUCAUUGCAUUCCUUAAAUUUCUUCUAAGCCAUCACAGUGCAUUUUUUUCUUGGAUGUGUUUUCUGCAACUUGCUAUUUUUUUCUUUGUCAUUUCUUUGUAUUUUGCUUGCCUCCCUCCCAUGCGGUAUUCUUAAAUCUUAAACUCAUGCUUAAGUGAACAGCUUUUCCCUGCAACACAGAGGGGAGGGUUCUGUGCAGGUGGUGCCCCUGCCAGGAUGCAUGUGGCUUUGGUUGGGGAACCCUGGUUUGAGACUUGCUGUUCUUUCUUUAGAUAGCUUAGGCCAGGGUUCCCUUCCCUUAGCAGAGUUAUAUUCCUAUCAGGAUUUUCUGCUUCUUUUCUUGGAUUCUGGCUUAUUCAUUUUGUUUGCUUUUAGUUUGAUUCAUAUAUAUAUUCAUAUAUAUUCAUUUUGCUAUUAUUAUCUAGAAGUCUUAGAAGGGAUUUCUAAACCACUCAAUAAAUCCUAAAGAGAAUCAAAACGUGUGACUGUUUAUGGGGUACAUUUUUAUUUUUGUAAUCAUUAGCAUAUAAGAAAAUUGUAUCUCCCCCUCCUGGCUUGUUCUCAGGGUAAAAUACUGAUCUGGUUCACUAGUGAGGAGCAUUUGGACAUUUUCCUUAUAGAGUCUGAAUCUAAAUUAUAUUGAGCUAGAGAAGUUGUAGCCUUCUCUUUGAGCAAGAAAUAAAAGUAUGAUGCAAUAAGUGCAAGAUAGUCCUCUUUCCGGUUCUGCUGCUGACAAGCCAUGGUCUUGGGUAGGUUGUGUACCUGUGAUCUAUAAACAUGGUCUUUAUGCCUCCGGGGUGAAGGGCAUUGAAGAACAGUGCUCUAAAUGGAAAGGUUUUAACAAUAUAGAGUAACUUAUUCAUUUAGAUGAAAGUUAAUUUUUGGAACAUGAAGUUCUUUGUACAAUGUGAAUAGAUUUAAUGUAUUGAAUGUAUUAUAUUAAUACAAAUAAAGGACUUGAAUUUUUUGUCAAGUUUUUAAAAUUCCUUAGUUACUAUGUGAAUGUACCGUCACUGUUAAAAAAUUUCAAGCAAUACGCAUGCUAUCUAUCUUCCCACCCAUGCACCAAUCUUGCUUCUGUUCCAGAGCUAAAUUCUAUAUUUGGAAUGUAUAUAGUUCCUAUACAGAUAUGUGUGUGUGUUCUUCUAGGCUGUUUUCCACACAUUUAUGAAACAAGUAGCAAAAAUUUGUUGCCAUAAUGUGUGUAUUUCCCCUUUCUUCCUUUAAUAAAAUUCCUGAACUUUACUUGGA